AUGAUAUUAAUUUAUUAUAAUUAAUAGUUGAAACUAAAAUUAAAAAUUAUUUUUAAUUAAAUUUAAUUGAGAGGAUUUGAAUCAUCAAAAAUCUUAUUAUAUCAAUCUAUCUAUCAGUCAGACUAGCUCUGUUUGGGAUAUUUCAUCCUUAUCGUCAGUCCUUUUGUUAGAAUCAUCUAUUAAAAAUUAAUUAGUAAAGUAUCUGGUUUAAGGAUAUAUUUGAUUUUAGUAAAAGUUAAGUUUUUUAGCAUUAAUUGCAACAUUAUUAAAUUAUUAAAUGACAUUCAAUGUCUAACUUACUCAUUUCUUUAAAAAUGA